UUGAAUGCAGUUUGACUGCAGAUUUUUAGACACCCCACUCCCCUCACUUCUCAAGGGUCGCCCUCAUUCUGCAAAAGUUUGAGUCUUUUUUUGUUUAUGUUCAUGGAUGAACCUUCAACCGGGUUAGAUCUCUGACACCAAAUCCAAAUGUGGGUUUUUUUCUAUAGAAAAUUAUUGCUCUCAUUUUCUUGUUUUGGACCUGGUUCUGCAUGGUGCUGGGGUGUUCUGUGAGAUCUAAGGGUCUGUUUGGUUGUAGAUUCUUGACCUGAAGCUUCUGCUUCGCCAAGUCCAACUGCUACUUUCUGUGGAAUAGCCCAUCUGCAUUUCUUGGCCUUUUAAAACUGAAGUCUUUCUGAGUGAGGUGAGACUACUAUUCUUGUGGUUGGGAUGAAGUUAAUUAGGUUUUUGGUUUUUGCUGGUUGGUUCGUUUUUGCUGUCGGCCAGCUUCCUUCCCAGGACAUUUUGGCUCUACUUGAGUUCAAGAAAGGGAUUACACAUGACCCUACUGGCUAUGUGCUUCAGUCAUGGAAUGAGGAGUCCAUUGACUUCAAUGGCUGCCCUUCCUCUUGGAAUGGUAUAAUGUGUAACGGCGGUAAUGUUGCUGCCGUUGUUCUUGAGAAUUUGGGCUUAUCCGCGACUGUGGAUUUCGACGUGUUCUCUAAUCUCACAAAGCUUGUCAAACUCUCAUUGGCAAACAAUUUGAUUUCUGGGAAUUUUCCUGAGAAAAUCGCAGGGUUCAGAAGCUUAGAGUAUCUUGAUAUUUCUGACAAUCUGUUCUCCUCGUCUCUACCACAAGACAUUGGAAAGUUUGGGACUUUAAAGAAUCUUUCGGUCUCUGGCAAUAACUUUUCUGGUUCAAUUCCAGAUGAAAUUACCGGGCUGACCUCAAUUCAGUCAUUGGAUUUGAGCCGCAAUUCGUUUUCUGGGCCGGUUCCAUCCUCCCUAACCAAGUUAUCAGGCUUGGUAUACCUUAACCUAUCCAUGAAUGUGUUAACCAAGAGCAUUCCCAGAGGAUUUGAGGAUAUGGAAAAACUUGAGGUGUUGGACUUGCAUGGUAAUAGGCUCGAGGGCCAUUUGGAUCCAGAGUUCUUAAUGCUCACAACAGCAACUCAUGUUGACCUUAGUGGAAAUCUGCUUGUGAACUCUGCUUCUCAGAAGCGGCCAUUGUUGCCACGUAUUUCUGAGACUGUCAAGUACUUGAAUCUUAGCCAUAACCAGCUUAAUGGGUCACUCCUAAGUGGUGGGGGUGAAGCACAAGUAUUUGGGAACUUGAAGGUUUUGGAUUUGAGCUACAAUCAACUCUCUGGGGAAUUACCCGGAUUUGACUUUGUAUAUGAUCUCCAGGUUCUCAAACUGAGCAACAAUAGGUUUUCCGGAUUCAUCCCUAAUGAUCUUCUCAAAGGGGAUUCUCUUGUUUUGACAGAUCUGGAUUUAAGUGGCAAUAACCUCACAGGAAGAAUUGGCAUGAUAAGAUCCACGACUCUGACUGCUCUUAACCUAUCCUCUAAUGCACUCUCUGGGGAACUUCCAUUAGUGACAGGAAGUUGUGGCGUGCUUGAUCUCUCCAAGAACCAGUUUGAAGGGACUCUCUCCAGACUGAAGAAAUGGGGAAAUGUUGAAUACCUUGAUCUAAGUCAAAACCGUUUGUAUGGGGCCAUCCCGGAAGACACUGCCCAAUUCAUACGCUUACAUCACCUCAACCUUUCCCGAAAUGCCCUCAACAGUUCUCUCCCAAAUGUAAUCACCCAGUUCCCUAAACUCACACAGCUUGACCUCAGCUUCAACCAGUUAACUGGACCUCUUCUCACUGCUCUUCUGAUUUUACCUAAUCUUGAAGAACUUCAUUUGCAGCACAAUUCGUUCUCUGGAGCCAUUGGCUUUUCUCCCCCACCAUCCGGUGGAUCAAACCUUCACGUUCUUGAUCUUUCCCAUAACCGGUUUUAUGGGCUUUUUCCUGUUGGGCUUGGGUCAUUUCUAACAAGGCUUCAAGUGGUUGAUGUAUCAGAGAAUGAUCUCUCCGGUUUGCUUCCCUCUUCAAUUGGCGACAUUGUUGGUCUAAGUUCUUUGGAUGUUUCGCACAAUCGUUUCACUGGUCCUUUGCCAGCAAACCUUCCCACUGAUACCCUUCAAAGAUUCAACGCAUCAUUCAAUGGUUUCUCUGGAACUGUCCCGGAGAACUUAAGAAAGUUUCCAUUAUCGUCCUUCUACCCUGGAAAUUCAGAUCUAGAUUUCCCUAAUGGUCGUCCGGGUUCAGCCCAAUCUCCUUACGGAACCCACAAAAAGAAACCAAUAAAAACUCUGAUUAAAGUGGUAAUCAUAGUUGCAUGUGUGGUUACUCUUCUAGUCUCAGUCUCAAUUUGCUUUCUUCUAUGCUACAUUCACAAAACAAGAAGGAACAAAGAUGUUCACCUCCAGGCCAUCCCAAAUCCUUCUGAUUUUAGCAGAAGAGAGGGUGCUGCUGGCAAUGUGGUGGUUUCUGCAGAUGAUAUUGUGACCUCACGAAAGGGAAUGCCAUCGCAUAUCAUUAGCCCCGAUGAGAAAAUGACGGGUUUAUCCCCAUCUAAGACCAGCCAUUUCUCUUGGUCACCAGACUCCCGAGAUUCAUACGCUGCUGAAAACUUUGCCAGGUUGGAUGUUAGCUCACCCGACCGACUGGCUGGUGAGCUCUAUUUCCUUGAUGAUGUCAUCACAUUUACACCAGAGGAACUUUCGAGGGCCCCAGCCGAGGUAUUGGGCAGAAGCAGCCAUGGGACGUCGUACAAGGCAACCUUAGACAAUGGGUUGCUUCUCACUGUCAAGUGGUUGAGAGAAGGGGUGGCAAAACAGAGAAAGGAAUUUGCCAAGGAGGCCAAAAAGUUUGCCAAUAUUCGACAUCCAAACGUCGUGGGAUUGAGAGGGUAUUAUUGGGGUCCCACUCAGCACGAAAAGCUGAUUCUUUCUGAUUACAUUUCUCCUGGAAGUCUAGCAAGCUUCCUCCAUGACCGACGCGUGAGAAAAGGGGCAUCCUUAACAUGGCCCCAAAGGCUAAAGAUAGCAGUGGACGUUGCGCGUGGGCUGAACUAUCUCCAUUUUGACAGAGAGGUCCCACAUGGGAACCUCAAGGCAACAAACAUACUGCUGGAUGGAGUUGACCUCAAUGCAAGGGUUGCUGAUUACUGCCUCCACCGCCUCAUGACUCAAUCUGGAACGGCCGAUCAGAUUCUUGAUGCAGGAGCGCUGGGGUACCGGGCCCCAGAGCUGGCUGCUUCCAAGAAACCACUCCCCUCCUUCAAGUCAGAUGUUUAUGCCUUUGGGGUUGUGCUUUUGGAGCUGCUGACCGGAAAACGUGCAGGGGAUGGGGUGGUGGGCUCUGGGGAAGGAGACAGUGGGAGGGGUGUUGAUUUGAUGGAUUGGGUGAGGUUGAAGGUGGCGGAGGGUCGCGGCGCUGACUGUUUUGACCCUGGGGUUUUGCCGGAGAUGGGGAAUCCGGCGGUGGAGAAACAAAUGAAGGAGGUUUUGGGGAUGGCAUUGCGCUGCAUACGCUCGGUGUCCGAGAGGCCGGGUAUCAAGACUAUCUAUGAAGACCUCUCAUCCAUAUAGUGUGGGAUGUGAUGAGGUAUUACUAUUUGUUAUUAUUAGCUCUCUCUCUACUAGUCAUUUAGACAUUUGUAACUUAGCUUCUUUGGGGAUCAAUUAGCUCAUUGGCCUCCUCUCUUUUUCUUUUUUUUUAGUAGGAAGGAAUGUUGGUGUGGAUGAACUGAUUUUGUUGCAUGUAUAUUGGAGUUGUGCUUCAACUCCCUUUCUUUACACAUCAAGGAUCUACCAAGCCCCAAGUGCCCAUACAUUUGGGGUGGGCACGAUUCUUGAGGGUCUGUUUGG